AGAGAUGAAGCCCAAUAUGGUUCUUCCAGCCAGAGUCUCAUUCAGUCACCCCACACCCGACUUCUCGCCUGCCCUCAUUUAAUAAAACACAUUCAUUUACAGGAAAAACUGAAAUGUUUCAAUCUCGUGGAUAUCUAGCUCAUUCUCUCCAGUGCGCUGGAAGAUAACUGAUAUUUGAAAGCAAACGACAAUUUUACGGAGAAAAAGAUGGCGUAUUAACGAUGGGGCUGGAAUACUACCCCUAAACAGUAUUUUGGGGCAUAUUUGAAUGUGGAACGCGUUUCCAGAGACAAGCCGAGAGAUGAGUGUACUGGGCCUUUAAAGGUGUUUUGCAUCCGGAGCAGCUCCCUCAUAUCCCCCAGACAGGCCAACGUCUCACCUACAGCAUCACAAACCAGUUUGUUUACAAGGGCUUAAGCAGCUGCUGUGGUCCCCUGGUUCACUAUGGCCCAGAACCAAGUGAUUCUGCAGUUCCGCUUCUCCACAUUUGGAGACUCCAUGCUACAGAAGAUGAACCUUCUGCGACACCAGAGGCGCUUCUGCGAUGUUACUGUUCGCAUCAACCAGCUGGAGGUCCCUGGUCACAAAGUGGUGUUUGCUGCUGGCUCCUCUUUCUUAAGGGACCAGUUCAUCCUUCAGCAGGACUCCAGGGAGGUCCAGAUCUCUAUGAUCCAGGAGGCAGAAGUUGGCCGACAGCUGCUGCUGUCCUGCUACACUGGCCAGCUGGAGUUUCCUGAGCUGGAGCUGGUGCAUUACCUGACAGUGGCCAGCUUCCUCCAGAUGGGCCACAUCGUAGAGCAGUGCACUCAGGCCCUCAGCAAGUUCAUCAAACCACAGGCUCCACGCCAGCUGGAGGUGGAUGUAAACAUGCGGAGGGAGAAGAGGGAGGAGAAUUUAUCCUCCCAGGCAAAGAUAGAACAGGAGCGCUCUCAGGUGCGGACUGUCCAUCAGGAGGAGGAGGAAGAGGAGGAGGAGGAAGAGGUAGUGGAGCAGGUGGAGCAGGAUAAUAACGAUGAUGAAAGCGAAGAUGAUGAUGUGAUUAUACAGCCCAAAAGCCCUGUCCAGAUCUUGACCAGGCGUCCAAGGCAAGGCAUAGUGGAGAGUGACAUCACUAUAGUAAAGGUGGAGUCUGUGUCUGAUGUUGCAGAGAACUCUAUCACCGGUCACUUCUCCACCAGCCCUCCUGCAGAGCUCCACUCCCCUGAGCCCCAGCACUCGCUCAUUAAUUCCACCGUCGACAGCCGCAGCAGUGAGAUGGCGGUUCCGCCUGGCGUGGCGGGAUACCCACUUAGCCCUCCUCCCUCAUCUCCACCUGCAGAGAAACACAGCGGACACCAGAGGAACUAUGACAAGCCUCUCCAGUGGUACCACCAGUGCCCCAAGUGCGCCCGAGUCUUCCGCCAACUCGAGAACUACGCCAACCACCUCAAGAUGCACAAGCUCUUCAUGUGCCUGCUGUGCGGCAAGACCUUCACGCAAAAGGGCAACCUGCACCGGCACAUGCGCGUUCACGCCGGCAUCAAGCCCUUCCAGUGUAAGAUCUGCGGCAAGACCUUCACCCAGAAGUGCUCGUUGUUGGAUCAUCUAAACCUGCACAGCGGAGAUAAGCCGCAUCGCUGUAACUACUGUGACAUGGUGUUUGCUCACAAGCCAGUUCUCCGCAAGCACCUCAAACAGAUCCACGGGAAGAACAGCUUCGAUAAUGCAAAUGAAGGCAGCCUGCACGACGGCGGGGUGGACUUUGAAUUUGGACGAAUAUGAGAUCACUUUGGGUUUACUGGCUGUGCUGUUUGAGAACACAGUAACAAAGGCGGCCACGUGAGUGAGACGUUCACUGACAUGGAUGAUGGUAAUGGUAAAUGGUAAAUGGCCUGUAUUUAUAUAGCGCUUUUAUGGUCCCUAAGGACCCCAAAGCGCUUUACAUAUCCAGUCAUUCACCCAUUCACACACACAUUCACACACUGGUGAUGGCA